AUGUCAUUUGGACGAGGAGCUCCGCGCGGUCGCGGCGGCGGUGGCUUCGGCGGUCGCGGAGGCGGCGGAUUUGGUGGCCGCGGUGGUUUCCAACAGAGAGACAUGGGUCCUCCCGCAACGAUCCUCGAGAUGGGCAAGUUCAUGCAUGCUUGCGAAGGCGAGAUGAUCUGCGAGAGCAUCAACCCCAAGGUUCCUCACUUCAAUGCGCAAAUCUUCCUCGAAAACAAGACGGCUGUCGGCAAGGUCGACGAAGUCCUCGGCCCCAUUAACCAGGUGUACUUCACCAUCAAGCCCUCGGAGGGUAUUCAGGCCACAUCCUUCAAGGAGGGCGACAAGUUCUACAUCGGAUCCGAGAAGCUCCUCCCGCUGGAGAAGUUCCUUCCCAAGCCGAAGCCCCCCCCAGGUGCGCCCAAGGUCAAGCGAGCAGGCCGCGGUGGCCCGGCAAGAGGCGGCCGCGGCGGCCGUGGUGGCUUUGGCGGUCGCGGAGGUGCGCCGAGAGGUGGCCGCGGCGGCAGCGGUUUCGGCGGUCGCGGAGGUGGUGGUUUUGGCGGUCGCGGCGGCGGUGGUUUCGGCGGUCGUGGCGGUGCGCCGAGAGGAGGCGGCGGCUUCAGCGGUGGUCGGGGUCGGGGCGGCUUCAGCAGAGGAGGCCGGUAG